CUCCAAGUUUGACAGACUGCUUGGAAAUUUUGCCUUUCCAAGUUUACACGUACGAAUCUUUUGCUGCGUGUUCUAUUACUAGCUGUUUAUACGGAAAUCUCGAUUAUUAAAAAGAAUUUAUCCCUUAAAAUGUACUCUAACGAAGACUACUCAGAAGGGGGCUACGAUGACUACGGCUACGACACAGGAGUGGUAGACGACGGUGUUUAUGACCGAGGCUACUAUCCGAUGCAUGAAGAUGUGAAAAAGUUUCUGGUGUAUUUCUGCAGUGUGAUCAAAGGCGGUGUUGUCUACGAAAUUCAAAAUUUGUACGAGAAUACUUUUCCCAAAUUAAGCGAGCAGCACUUCGAGAAGAAAGCUUGGCCCAGCGAGGAUGAAGUUGCUCAUCUGGUGGAUAAUGAUAAUCUGUUCAUGAUUCUGUACAAGGAACUUUACUAUCGCCAUUUGCACGCCAGAAUUCAGGGAGGCCCGUCGUUGGAACAGCGAUUGAAUUCGUUCUAUAAUUACUGCAACUUUUUCAAUUAUAUCCUGCCCUCAAAGGAGCCGGUUCAGUUGGAACUUCCCGACAUUUGGUUGUGGGAAUUGAUUGACGAAUUUGUUUAUCAGUUUCAAAAUUUUGCACAGUACCGGGCAAGAUUAACAGACAAGAGCGACGAGGAAAUGGACACGCUGCUGAACAAUAACAGCAAAGUUUGGAAUAUUCUUUGUAUUCUGAACGUACUCCAUUCAUUGGUUUCGAUGUCAAAGAUUAAAGAUCAAUUGGAAGCCGCUGCAGCUGGUCAUGAUCCGGAGGAAGUGGCCGGCGAAUUUGGUCGCCAUUCUUUCUACAAGAUGCUGGGGUACUUCAGCUUAGUUGGACUGUUACGUGUCCAUUCACUUCUAGGUGAUUAUCAUCAGGCCAUUAAAGUUCUGGAACCGAUCGAGAUUCACAAGAAAAGCCAAUACUCGCACAUCCCGGCUUGCCAAAUUUCGACUUCCUAUUACGUUGGAUUUGCCUACAUGAUGAUGAGACGUUACUCCGAUGCUAUUCGCACAUUUUCGUCAAUCCUUUUGUAUAUCCAGCGUACUAAGCAAUUAUACAGUGCUCGUUCGUACCAGAAUGAUCAGAUUAACAAGCAAACGGAUCAAAUGUACCACCUGUUGGCUAUUUGUUUGGUAUUGCAUCCUCAAUGCAUUGAUGAAUCCAUUCAACAAGUAUUACGCGAGAAAAACUAUCACGAUAAUAUGUACAAAAUGCAGUGUGGUGAUUUGGAUACUUUCCGCACAUUCUUUGUGUUUGCUUGCCCAAAAUUUGUUUCUCCGGUUCCUCCACCGUCAGAUGCACCGGUUGACGACUACGUCAAAGAAGCUUUGGAACAUCAAACCAACGUAUUCAUGGAUGAAGUUCGCCAGCAACAAGAGCUACCAACUAUUCGUUCAUAUUUGAAACUAUACACCACACUUCCCUUACUGAAAUUGGCCUCGUUUAUGGACAACAUCCCGCAGGACGAAAUUGGCGAGCAGAAAAUCGAAAACUUGUUGACCCAUUUGCUUUGCUUCAAACAUAAGAUGAAGAACAUUGUUUGGACCAAGGGAGCAAGCGGUUUGGAAGGCAAGUUCCAGUCAGGUUCCGAGUUGGAUUUCUUCAUCGACAAGGACAUGAUUCACAUUGCGGACACUAAAGUUUCGCACCGUUACGGCGACUUCUUUAUCCGCAAGAUCAUGAAAUUUGAAGAUUUGAACCGUCGUUUGCACAACUUGAAGGGUUGAGUGGAAGCGGUAUAGAACCGUAGCAAGUGAACGUCUAGUUUCACUUUUACAAAUAUAUUCUUAAUUCAUUUGUAAUUGUAAUCACCCACAAUAACGAUAUAAAGGAUUGAUUUCCUAGGGA